AUGGCGGCAACAAACGAUAAUACUACUUUCACUAUGUUCACAGAGCGAGGACGUUGCUUACAUCAAGUAUAUCCUGUGGUCGAUUACUACGUUUGGAUCAAAGUAAUCUUUCAAGUACCAUUAAUUUUUAUCAUAGCAGUCAUUGGGUUGCCUGCAAAUAUACUUGCGGUUAUUGGCAUAGGAUAUGAGCGACCUUACACAUCAACUUCUGUGUUGCUACAAGGUCUAGCAGUGACCGAUAGUCUUGUCUUAAUUUCGCAAGUAUUUGGAACAUCACUGCAGUUCCUGUACUACUACACGGGUUUAUGGUUCGAGUACAUAUUGUUUAUCGCGCAUGCGUACCGUUACAUUUACACAGCACAGUACUUUUCAAAGACAGCAUCCAUCUUCAUCACUCUUUGUGUAGCUACGGAGCGAUAUAUUGCUGUCUGCAGGCCACUGCGGGCUGCGACUGUUUGCACAAAGAGAAACGCUUACAUUUCAUUAUUUACAAUAUAUUUGGGGGCUUUCUUUUAUCGAAUCCCACUGUUUUUCACGCAAGAGGUAAAAUACCGGUACGACCCUUGCUCACGAAUGAUCCUGCCCAGGUGGUAUCCUUCGGAUAUAUACUUUAACUUUUAUUUUGACAUCAUCUAUCUUACAAGCGUCUAUAUCUCUAUCAAUUCAGUAAUACCAAUAAUUAGCCUAACAAUCCUCACUUACUUAAUAUUAUCUAGCCUCAAGCAGGCGACCACUUCUCAUCUCAGCAAGAAUGACACAAAGCGAGCCAAACACAUGGAUAUGGUUACACUUCGAGUAGUCAUUGUGGUGGUUGUAUUUAUAAUACUAGAGCUCCCUGGUGGUCUUUGCCAAAUUCCUGCAGUUCUUCGAUCAUUCUCAGCUCUCACCAUUGACUUUCGUGCAUAUGAAAGUGCUCUCGCUAUUGGAUACUUUCUAAUCAAUUUAAACAGUUUUGUCAAUUUCUUUAUCUACUGCGCAACGGGUCGGAGGUUUAGACGUGCCUUAGGGGAGGUGUUUAGGUGUCGUCGAAAAUGA